GAUUGGUCGAAUGUACGUCAUCAUCUGUUGAGUGAAAGACAUGAAGCAGGAAAGACACAAUUUGUUUACGAGCAACGAUUGGCCGUUAUUUCACUAUUUUGAUACAGUUUUGACGAAUUUUGUAUCACCAGUAUUGAAUGAGACAUUUAUCCGAAGGUAGCAAGUGUAAAAGUUAUUUCAUUUUGUGAAAAACGACAGUCAAUUCUGCCCAGUUUAGCUGGUAAGUAACCAUCGAUUGCCUUUCUUCUUUGUUAUGUUUGUGUCCUUGGGCUUUGCCCACGACCUCAUUUCGCAGUCUUGUGGUUGGUUGGGCCUGGAAGGGCGUAAACAGACGCCAUAUUUGGUUUCAGAAUAUUUUUGUUAGCGUUAAAUCGUAAUGCGACAAAUGUUAUAAUUUAGCGUAUUAGUUAUUGAUGUAGUCUGAUCUAAAUUCUGCCCGAUCUUGACAAAUAAAUUAUAAAGUAACCAAACACUUUGAAGUACAAACAAAGCAACGUUGAGUGGAGCAUAAAAAAUAAAAGUGCAAGAUGCUCAGUCAGUUCACUGAUUUACUCCUGAGCAACAAUAUUGACACUAGUAUUAACAUAUUUACGUAUCAGUAGAUGGCAAAGGUCAUGGGUAGUUCUUAACUCUGUAGGGUGGGGGGGGGGGAGGGGGGGUGCCCGGGCAUUAAGCACCAUGUCCCAUGUUUUCAAGAACUUUAGAACUUUUUGUUUUUCCCUUUAAAAUAAAUAUUAAAUUCAAACUGUAACUGUAAAUGAUUUUUUAAGUAACAGUAACAGACCACACAUCUUUCUUUAAGUACAAAGCUUUAAUGAGCAUAUUAAGUACAAAGCUUUAAUGAGCAAAAUUUAGCAUCAGUUGUGAAAAAAAAUGGUGUUUGAAUUGCUAUUUAAAUGGUUGGCCAAACGGUUAUUGCUCUAUAGGGCUUGUCAUUUAAUGCAAUCUAUUAAUAGAACUGAUGUCAUUACUCAUCAUAUUACUAUGUUAGCGAAGUGUUCCUGAAACUAGUUUACAACUCUAUUGUAUGAAAUAUUUUACACAUUUUUUUACUUCUAUUUUCUGAAAUGAGACUUCAUUGCACGAACGGCAUAUGUAAAAGUAACUCAGAUACAAGGAUCGUUCCAACGAUAUGCUGAAACACACUAUAAGCUGCCAUGUUUGAAGCAAUAUUUGUCCGCCGACCUUCUAAAAAUAGUAGGCUAUGACGUUUUCCGGUCUGAGAAAUGACAAAGCCUAUUGAUGUACAUUAAUAGUACAAUGGAGAUAGCCACUGGGUUUUCCAUGGUUUUGAAAAUGAGGGUGGGGCGCUGUUUUCUCGUUGACAUGCGAUAUCACUUUACAGGAGUGCAUGGAGAGCUAUAUCCUUCCAGACUCACUUAUGGUAUCAGGCGGAUGUGCGGCUUAUGCAAAAAUAAACUAGAUCAGACACGGAAUCUAUGAACACUCAAUUGUCAAUCCUUAUGACACUGGUGUCCACACACAUCAUCAGUUGCACUACAGCCCAUGUAGAGCCCUGGCCUGCUCCACCACAUCCUUCCACUCGGAGCGAUCCAUGGCUUUCCGUCUCCAUGCUCGAACCCCCAACUGGUGUAAAUCUGUCUCCACAUCAUCCAUCCACCUCAUCCUUGGGCGACAGGUGAGUCGUCUGCCCCUAGGCUUCUGCCUGUAUAUAAUUUUGGCUGCUCUGCAUUCCGGCAUCCUUUCAACAUGACCUGCCCAUCGUAUUCUGCCUUUUUUUAAUCAUUGUGACUAUGGCGUCUAUGGGUGGUUCUUUGUACAAAUAGUAAAGUUCUUGGUUUGUACGUAUUCUCCAGAUAUCAUUUUCUAUCAUUGGUCCGUAUAUUUUGCAGAGGAUUUUCCUCUCCCAUGUGUUGAGCAGGUUUUCUGCUUUUCUGGUGAGGGUCCAGGUCUCACUAGCGUACAUUACUACAGGUCUUAUGAUGGUGGUGUAUAUUGUCUUCUUUGUUCCCCUUGAGAGGUUUUUGUUUCCCAGUAGCUUUUGUAGACUGAAAUAGGAAUGGUUGCCUGCUGUUAUCCUUUCUUUCACCUCUGACAUUAUCUCAUUGUGCUCAUUUAUAGUUGCCCCUAGAUAUUUGAAUGUAGCCACUCUCUCAAAUUUGUGGUUGUUUAUAUUGAUGUUAUUAUCAGCAUGGGAGUUUCUUGACAUCAUCAUAUAUUUUGUCUUCCGUUCAUUUAUAUCAAGGCCAGGUUUCAAUGAGGCAUUUUCAAGUUCCCUGAAUGCUUUAAUUAUGUCAUUACGGUUUCUACCCAGUAGUGCUAUAUCAUCUGCAUAUGCCAGGUACUGCAAUGGUUGGCUAUAUAAGGCUCCUGAUGGUCGUUAUUCUGUAGUAUCUCUCUGGAAGUAGUUUGUUAUGGUUCCACUGGUGUUAAUGUGUAUGUUUCUAAUAACUUUUUCUAGCGUGAUGUUAAACAGGAUACAUGAUAGUGAGUCUCCUUGUCUGAGGCCCCGAUUAACUAGGAACUCUCUAGAGUAUUCUCCCUGUACCUUGAUUCUACUUUUGGAGUUGGCCAUUGUCAUAUGUAUGAGCCGAGUAAGCUUGUUAGGGACUCCCAAGUUCUUGUAGAGUAUUGUAUAAGUAAUUCCUGUUUACGCUAUCGUAUGCUGUUUUGUAAUCCACAUAUAGUUGGUGUAUGUCGAUGUUAUAUUCGUAGCAUUUCUCCAGGAGAGAUCUUAUAUUAAAAAUAUGAUCUGUGGUUGACCUAUUCUGCCGGAAUCCACAUUAAUAGUCCCCCAGGAUUUGUUCACUAUACUUUUCCAGUUUUCUCGCUAUAAGUUUUGUGAGGAUUUUGUACAGUACGUUAAGAAGGGAGAUACCUCUAUAGUUUGAGCAGAUCAACUUAGAUCCCUUUUUGUGGAUUGGGAUGGUGAAUGCCGUGUCCCAUUCAUUUGGCAUUUCUUCCUCCUGGCAGAUUCUGGUUAUAAGUUCGUGUAUUUGCCUAUGCAGUUCGUUACCACCUAGCUUUAUGAUUUCUGCGGGGAUAAGGUCUGUUCCUGGGGCUUUGUUAUUUUUCAUGGUGGAGAUUACAUCUUUUAUUUCAUUUAAUGUUGGUUGGUUGACCAGUGGGUCCGAUCCUCCUUGUGGCGGGGCGUAAUCCUCAUUGGUUCCUCCACCUGAGCCAUUCAGUAAGCCUUCAAAGUGUUGUGCCCAUCUCUCUAGUACUCUACUGCUCUCUGUGACCAAUUCUCCAUCCGUGUUUUCACACAUGUGGGAUCUUGCUUGAAAGCCAUUCUUUUCCUGCUUUAUCUUCAGAUACAGUCACAUCUCUUUCUUUUGCCAACUCUUCUAUCUCUACUAUUUUUUAUAUUUCCCAAACACGUUUUUUCUUUCUGCAAAUUUUGCUGGCCACCUUUCUUGCUUCAUUAUAUAAUUGUCAUGUUCUUCUUGUUUCCCUUUGCAACAUCAUUAGCCAAGCUUUGUUUCUUUGUUCUAUAAGUUCUUUGCAUUCUGCGUCAUACCAUCCUGUUCUUUUCACUGCUGGUUUAAAUCCAAUCGUUUCCUCUGUUACACUUGUAACUAUUUGCUUCAUCUUUUCCCAUUGCUGGUUUAUAUCAACGUUGCUGGCUGAUUCUCUUUUGGAUAAUUCUUGUAGGGUUUCAAUCUUCUGUUGAUAUUCCUCAGUAAUUUUUGGGUCCCUACUCAGUUUCUGACUAUUGUACGUUUUUCUCUUUUAUUUUGUUUAUUGUGGAUGUUACAAAUUCUUUGCUUAUACUUGACUCUAACAAGUAUGUGGUCUGAGUCUAUGUCCGCCCCUCUACAACUUUUCACAUCUGAUAUGUCCGAGUCAUGCCUCCGGUCGAUGAGUAUGUGGUCUAUUUGAUUACGGGUAAAUCCAUCUGGAGAUAUCUAUGUCGCCUUAUGUAUUUGUUUAUGUUGGAACACUGUGCUACUGAUUAUCAUUCCUUUUCCAGAAGCGAAGUCUAUAAGACAUGUUCCGUUGUCAUUGCUCUCAUCAUGCAUACUUUCCUUUCCGAUUGUUGGUGGUCUGUAGACUAGUUCUUUCCCACUUUUCGCAUUGAAAUCGCCAAGAACAAUUUAGAUAUCAUGUCGUGUUGCCUCAUCAAAUACUCUUUCCAGUGUUUCGUAGAAAGUUUCCUUCAUGCUUUCAUCUGUAUCUUCCGUUGGAGCAUGUGCGCAGAUUAACAUGAUUUUAAACAUUUUUCCUCUAAUCCUUAUGGAGCAUAAUCUUUCACUCACUGGUUUAAACCCAAUGACCGCACUUACUGUCUCUCUUUUGACUGCAAACUCUGUUCCUAAGGUAUUUGUGUUGUUUCCACUGUAGAAUAUUGUAUAUUCCUUUGUAUUUAGGAUAUCUGAGUCUUUCCAUCUAAUCUCCUGUAAUCUUAAAAUUGUUCAAUUUUAAAAAUUAGCAAAGGGCCUACUUGACUUGAAAAGUUCCAUUUAGACCUUGUUAGUUUUAUAAAUUAAUUAUAAUUAUUAUUUGUUUAAUUUCUUAUGUACACAGAAAAGAUUUAUUUACAUAUACAGAAGUCUUGACAAACUAUAACCAGACAAUCCACCCAAAAAUAUUAUUUUUAAUUCUAUUUUCUAAAAAAAAUUUAUAACUGCUUUAAAUAAAUAAUGGGUAUGUAGUUUCCACAGAUAUCUAAAAAUCAGAUAUCAUUAUUUUGGAAUUUUUCAAAAAAAAAUUCGAUGUUAAGUUAGAAUAUCUGGUUGAGCAUUACUACUCUUUAAUGACCAAUUCAAUACCUAUAUUUCUUUAUAGUGCAACACCACCUAUUAUAAUGAUGCGAUGGCACACUUGAAAUUUCUGAAAUUUGUAUAAUUUUCAUUUCAAAAAUGAUUUAAAAAAUUAUUAAAAAGCUAAAUUGUUUCAUUUGAGUAAGAUAUUUUGUAAUGAUCAUAACACUAACACAAAAUCAAUUUAAAAAAACAACUGCAAAUCUUACUUUAUAUCUAUUUAAAGAAAUGAAAAUUCAUAUGUCAGUUAGGGAAUACCUGUUACAAUUGGUUCCAGUCAAAAAAGUAAUUUUCUAUACUAUUACAUAUCAUAUUGGAUAUUUCCAUAAAUUCUGCUGACAUCAUACAUUAUUAUUAUUUCAGUUCUUUGUUAGGACUGAAACUGCUAAAAUUCCAUAUUCUUUUUUUAGAUCAUGCGUCAUGCUGUCUAAUAAAUAAGUGGUCAUAUGCAAUCUAGUAUUCUCAUUUUCAUGAAGUUCACAUUGAAAACUAAAUGGGUCAAAUAGUAAAAGAUUAGGAUUAUAAUAUAGUGAUAGAUUGUUUUUAAAAGUAACCUGUAUUUUUAAUUGUUUAAGUUAACUUUAUUUUAACACUAUUUAAAAUAAAAUAAAUUCAUUAAUGGAUUUAAAAUAUUGCUAUCUGAUAAAGUUCUAGAGGCAUGAACAUUGAUUUUUUUACUUCAUAAUGCAGAAAAAAAAUAUCCUCAGCAGCUUUUAGGACACACGAUAACUUGUACAAUGUACCCAUAGGUCAAUAAAUAUCAUAUUUCUAAUUCAGGAUCUGAGUAAAGAUGCCUUCAGCAGCCAGACAGCGGCUUCCUACUGAUUUAUGGCGCCAAGGGCAGAGAAGGCACACCAGUGUUAGCCCAGGUUUGUUCUUUCAGAGUCAGGAGAUGCAAGCGAAUCCUGGUAACUAUGAUGUCUUCCAGGAAGAAAAGCGCCAGUGCAAUAACAAAAACAAAUCCCAUAAAAGGCAUUUCAGUGGCAGAGGAAGUCCCAGAUCUUUGCCUCGGAGAGGUAGUUCAGACACACUGAGCACCAUGGUACUAACAGACUCUUAUAGUAAUUGUUGCAAUAUCAGUAGCAAUGCUGUGUUGUCUAGCUCUGAUUCAGAGAGCUGCCUCAAUUAUGAUCCUUCCAAAGUCUGUGAUGCUUAUGCAAUGGAGUCUGUUGCACCACAUCCAAGCCAGCUGCCCUUUCCACCACUUGAAUGGUUGCAGUCUUCAUCUUUUCGUGCAUCAUCUCCAACUGUUGUUAGUGGAUUUUCUCUUAAAGGCUUCUUAGGCUGUCAUCUGGCUGCUUAAUAAUGAAAGAAGCUAAUGGGAUAAUGGAUUCAAUUGACUCGUACAAAUGGACAACGAAUAUUGAAUAUCGCUCAACUGAUUGCCAAACAGAUAUUUUUUAUUAUUGACUGAAAUUUCACAUCUACGACUUAAGUUUUGUUAUAUUAGUUUAGGUUUAGGUCCAUUUCCAGAGCUAAAUUAUCAGUGGUUGAUAACUAAAUUACAUAACAAUUUAGACAUAAUUUUUUUAAACAAAGUGUGUUGAAAAGCAUUACACAUUCAUCAAGUUCGGUUUAUUUUGAUCAUUCUUAAAAAACUCUUUAUUGGACUACAUUUAAUAUUCACUAGUAUAAUUUGAUAUGAAUUUAUAAAUAUCUUUCUAUGACUCCUUGUGGUAAUAUAUCCUCUCAUUUUCAUUAUGUAUGACUAUGACAAAUUUGAAAUCUUGUUGCUACUAAUUAAGAUGUGUUCAUGUUAAAUAUGUGACUUAAUUUUUAAAUGGCUUGUAGACAGGUAUUUUUUUGUUAGUGUAAUAUUUAAUGACAUCGAAGUGUGUACUUUGGGUAUUAUAUUUGUUAGGCUAAAUUGCAGAUUUCCAUCAAACUAUGUUGGGUUAUUUUAUAUUGUAGACAUUUUAAAAUUUAUUAUCAGAAAUUUCUUACGUUGUAGUUUUACUUUAAAAAGAAAAAAGUUUUUAAUACUGAAUCGGUUAUUACACAUUAAGUUUUUUAAAAUUUUCUUUGCCCAUUCGAAUACAUCUGUUGGGAUUAUCAUAUAAUUUGCAUUAAUUUUUUUUUUUGCCUUAAUUGUUUUCUCAGAUUUUAUCAUGUCAAUCGUAAAAAUUAGACAACAUUUUCAAGAAAAUUUUGUUUUCCCUAAAAAUAAGAUUUAAAUAAAAUGCCCAUGUUUGGAUUUGUACGUUAAGUCAGCACUUUACAUGCUGCAUCUUUUUUAAAACUAGAAAUUACCACAGUUCCUUAUUUUAAGGAGACAAAAUUUUCUUAUUUAUUGAAAGUCUGAUUUUUAAAUGUCUAAGGCUGUGUGAUAUGAGAGAAAUGUAUUUGUCUUGCACACAUUCCGCAUUUGUUGAUGGUGCUUCUAAACAAAAAGUUCUAGGGCACUAUGCCCACGGAAACUUACAUGACUCACAAAUGAGAUCACUUGAUAAAAUAAUCAUUUAUUGAAGUGACAUUAAACAUAUCAAAUGGGAUCAAGCUAGAAGUUUCAAGCCUGGCUAAAUGUGCAAAUGCGGCUGUUAAAUCUGAUGCUUUUCAUUUGGGAUUUGUUUAUAUUGUACAUUUCACUGAUUAAAGUUUUAUAUGUCAUCCUUCAUUCAUCUAAGCGGCCAGUAAAGUGUUGGCUUUAGCAUCAUUGUUGGCUGAGGACUAAGAGUAUUUUUUAUGAAGACUUUUUACCUUUACACAUUUUAGUGUGAAAAAGCAGAAUGUUGGUUUACUGGCAGCACUAUUGUGUUGCAUGUUUUGUUUUUUCAUGACAAAAUGUUUUUCGUUAUGCAUCAUUUCAUAGUGCUGAGCUGUUUAAGUAAAACAUUCAAAUUUUGUUGAUAGUUAUCUUAUUUAAGUUACCUUAUUAAUCUUCUGAGAGUAUUAAUUCAAAGAAAAAACAUGCUUUAUAAUAGAAAUUUAAAAAUGAGGGGAAAAAAAAAAAAGAAAAGAAUUAAAUCAAUUUGAAGGUAAUUAAGUAAUAAUUUCUAAACAUGGGGGAAAAAAGAUUAAAGAAAAAAAAAUUAUCCCCUUUUAAAAUGUUAUCUUUUCUCAUCUUAGCUUUAGUUGUCUUUGAUAUAAUUUACUAGAAUUUAAGUUAGUCUUAUACCAUUUCUGAAAUGCUCUUUGUGUACUCUUAGUUUGUUGAGGUGCAAUGUUAUAAAGUCUAAACUGUCAGUAAGAUGUUAAAUUACUCCAAUUUUUUUAAGGAAAACACAUUGGUGUUAAUUUAUUCUUAUUUGAAUGUAUAACACCUACGCUGAUUGUUAAAGAUGCGGAGAACUCUCUCUCUCUGAUAAUUUUUUUAAUUGUUAGAUGAUGCCUCAAACGAUUGAUGUUAAUUUGUACUGGGUUUGAUUUAAAGAUUAUCU